AUGUCUAUGAAUCAAAUUGCGACCGACAUUUGUGAACCUGAAUUCCAGCCUGAGGUUGUGUGGGAUAUGCACAACAAUGUUUCAGCUCGUGAAAUUCAGGCUGACCCAAUGUGUUUGGAUGAAUUGAAAAUGAAUAUUUUGCGACGAUGUAAUGACGGUGUUUGGAUACCACAGCCAUUCCCCAACUGUUACUCCACACAAAAACCAUUCGAAAAGAGUGAAUCAUGUCCGCUGAACUACACGACAAUCAGUAAAAAUGAUGUUCAUUUGUGUGUUUUAUUAACUGAACCGACAGAUUGGCAAAAUCAGUGCAUUUAUGAUGGCUCAUCAGUGACAUUUUACGAUUUGAAUGCAAGUGAACAAAAAGUAUUGAUAAACUAUUUGAAUGCAAAAAAUGUGAAAGAAGUUUGGUUGCCUGGAAAACGAUUCUCACGCUUCGGUCCAGUGAUAUGGACGAUAGGUGAAUUGAAUGGUGAACAAGUGGAAUUUGAUAAACUCAAUGUCGAUUUAAUAGAUGAAAUGCGUGUUGCGGCCGAUGGCUGCUUCAGUGCCUUUGUUCACUCAAACUUAACAACUGGCACGAUAAAGGAAUGCCACCAAAAGCUCAAUUUAUUGUGUUUAUUCCGACGAAACACCGAUCAUACGGGAUUACUUUCAACGGGAUGCCCAAAAAAUGGUUUCACCGUAUCGUAUCAAAGCUCCGAUCACUAUUGUCACUCCAUUCAAAUGAUUGAUAAGGGGCGUUUGAGUGGUAAAAAAUCCGAUGGACUGGACAAAUUGAUCGAAACCGAAUGUAAAGGCGAUUUAUUUACGAUGGAUUCGGUGGAAAAAACGAAUAUAUUCAAACAAUUGGCAAGUGUAAAUAGUCUUCGGAAUAGUGAGCAUUGUUUGUUUGCUGUUGCACCCAAUAGUGUCUACGUCACCGAUGUAAAUAAUUGGAAAACAGUAAUUGAACGUGUAAACUAUGUGAAUUGGGAUCAUCCACUUCGGAAUGGCACAUAUCUGGCCACAAAUAAACAUGGCAAGUGGAAUUGGAUUGAUCAAUCGUUUGAUUGCCUUGUGUGUUCAAUGCCCAUUAAAAUGUACGAACCCGAAAUCGUGCUGAACUUUGAUAAGGUGAAACGUCGACUGUACGUUACCGUUUAUAACGAAGAGUUUAUGUGGCGUACGUUAAAAACCGGUGUAAAGUGCUUCACGAAUGCUGAUGAUGAGUUGAUCCGAACGGUUGAAAUUGGUCGAAAAAAAUGGUCGGGCAUGCUUAGUAUCGAACAAAUAAACCAAAAAGUAUUCAAUGAAUCUAGAUUGCGCAAGAGAUCAAAGGCAAUUUACGAGCUAAAACUGAACGGUGAGGGACCCGGUUACUAUUGGUGUGAAGGUUAUACAAUGCUACAAUUUGAUCUGAUUCAAUCAGCUAAGGUCGUUGCAUUUAGACGUGAAAAGGGUGAAGUGUUUGCCACAUUGAUUAAUACGGUGUGUAAGGAUUGUCGCAAAUUCUUUUUGAAGAAUUUCAUCAAGCAUUAUGCCAAAAAAUUUCGAGAUCUUCUGAAAGACAACUAUAAAAUUUUUAAGAAAUCCAAUGAGUAUUCAAGUCGAUUUGAGAAUGCUGAAAUUAAUAUCGAAAAUGUUCGAAUCAUGAAAAUUGAGGAUAUAUCGUCGAGACCAAUGGAAUCGGGAAUGUAUAAAAUGAGAAUUCUAUGUCAUGUGAGUGUUUCGAUCGAACGACAUGAUGAUUUCGAGGAAUUUUCGCGAAUCAUACAAAUUCACGAAAUAUUAGAAAAUCUCUUUCAACAUUUGCCACCAAAUGAAGAGUUUGGAUAUGUUUCAUUGAACAGCACGGAAUACUGUCUACCCGAAUCGAACCAAACGGUCAAUGGUGGUUUGAGUUGGAUUAGUGCGAAAAUUGGUGAGACAAUUCCGCCGAAUCAACUGUGUCUGUUAUCAAAUGGUUUGCCCGCGUUGCGAAGUUGCGUGGGUGAUUUUUUAUACGGCGGCGUAUGGCAAUACGCCACUCAACAAGAAUGCCAUCGUAAACCUGAUCAGCUAACUGAAAAAUUGUUCGAACUCUCCACUGAAACGUCAUUGUUUAAUAAAAUGAACAAUCAUGCAAUACAAAAUAUAUCAACGUUGUUGCAGAAAAACUCACAAAAAAUGAAUGUAGUUGCGGCCGAUUUGUUUUAUUUAGGACGAAUAAUGAGCGAUUUUUCUCGAUUGAACAACAAAAACAGCAUAAACACAUUCAAUUUAAGUGACACACAGCACGUAUUUUCCAUUUAUAAUAAUUUAAUGUACUUAAAUGAGAAUACAACACGAAAAUCGGCGGCACUUAAUUCAACAAACAUCCUCUUGGACGCAUUUGAUAACAUUUUAAAUGGCAUUCAAAUUGGUAUAACGUCAGUGGCAAAUAAUCGUAAUAGCACGAUUGUGAAUUCAGAUGAUGGUACGAUAACGACGCAAACACCGAAUUUGAUCGUCUAUGUAAUUGAUCCAUCCAUUAAGAAUGUAUCCGGUGUAGCGUUGAUAAAAAAGUCACAACAAUCGAAUGACGAAAGUAACGAUUUUACAGACUAUUACAUCAAGACACUUUAUUCAAAUCAAUCAUCCGACGAGUUGUUAAACGACGAAAGAUUAGAAAUCGCAACAUUUGUACCAAACAGUUUACUUGAUUUACUGAAUGCGACGACGUCAGCAACGACAAUGACAACGACAGUGGCGGCUAUGAUGAACAAUGAAACGGAGGAAUGUAUGACGUCACCCAUCAAAAUUGUUAUUAGCAUAUACUAUAAUGAUCGGUUGUUUCAAGAAUAUCGAAAAGGAAGGCAUGCUAAAUCAACAGGAAGAAUUAUUAGUGUAUCAAUACCGGGCUAUGGGCCGAAUUUGCCAGCUUUGCUGCCCACUUUUGUACGCAGUCGCAAUGCGGCUGCGAAUGCAUCGGGGUCGAUGUGUGGCUAUUGGGAUUUUGAGAAAGAUUUUGCUACUUGGUCGGAUGAUGGUUGUGAAUUCCUCGGGAAAUCAUCUCACUUGGUCGAUCCAGUUGUGUUAUGCGCGUGCUCACAUCUCACGCACUAUUCCUAUCUGAUAGUUGGUACCGUUUUUCAACCGACAAACGCCAUUGAGGAUGAAGUCAUUAUCACAAAAACACACCAGAAAGCGUUGGAUAUUAUAACUCUGCUUGGUUGCCUCUUGUCAUUGUUGGGCGUAUGUGGCAUCGCAAUCACGGCCAUUUUUUUUCGAACUUGGCGCAAAAAAGCCAGCUCUGUCGUUCUUCUACAGCUUUCAGCCGCGAUCGCACUUCAGAUGAUCCUAUUGUGCUUCGUUAACACGGAAUACAGUUCGAUGGUGUUGGUGAUGGAGCAACGUUUUAUCGUUUGUGUUGCACUCGGUGCACUUCUUCAGUAUUCGAUAUUGGUGGCAUUUUCAUGGAUGUUGAUAACGGCAUAUUUACAAUUCAUGCGAUAUGUCAUCGUACUUGGGCCGAAACGAGCGAAUCGAUUUUUCUUGAAAUCAUUUCUAAUCGGAUGGGGACUGCCACUCGUUCCAGUUCUAAUCGUAACAAUUACUUCGCCAAAUUCGUACGUUCAAAGUGUGGGCGAUUCAAAUAGUGGCGGAAUUUGCUAUCCAUCUGGGUCAUCCCUUUACUUCGGAUUGAUCUUACCCAUUGGCGUGAUCAUGUUGGCAAAUUUAACCAUUUUCCUUUUAGUAAUUUACAGUAUUUUGGCUGGAUCCAGUGCGAAAAUUCGAUCAAAUAAACGCGCUCUGAUCAUUGCUCAGCUUCGACUGAGCGUUUUUCUAUUCUUCCUAUUGGGCUUAUCGUGGAUAUUCGGUUUUCUAGCAUCAAUUAAAUCGGGCAUCAUUUUUUCAUACUUAUUUUGCCUAACCGCAACCAUUCAAGGAUUUGUUUUAUUCGUAUAUUUCAUUAUUCUUGAUGCAAAGACACGUGAACUAUGGCGCAAUUUGUUUUUUAACACAUGUUGGUGUCACAAAAAACUUUAAUUUUUUUCCAUUUUGUCUUAAACAACUAUGAAUUACUUAUUAUAAAAUAAC